GAGCAACGAGACUUGUUAGGUCUCGUGCUGCUGGCAGUGGCAAGAUGAGCUAUAGGCGCUUUAGAAAACAUCUGUUCUACAUAGCAGAUCUAACCAGUCUGCAAGACAUUGGACGAAUGUGUGGGGACUGCAGAAAUAACAAGGGCACACCGAUUUGAGGCAUGCUUAAAGUGUGGGAUGAAGCACACCAAACAUGAUGACCUCAUACAAACAGUGGUACACAGUCGAGAUCGGUCCUUCAAGAACAUUCGAGAAUUUCUAUGUCAAAUGGACAUCGGCGUUGACAACAUGACAGGCAGGUCUAAGGAGAUAAAAUCAGUAUCUUCAUCUCACGAGAAGAAUAAAAGCACCCCCACCUCUCUGUCAGAGUUGUGUGAACAGCUGAGCGAGAGAAUAACCCUGAAAUCACAGCAUUACUCCAUCUCCCAUGAAGACCAACAGGCUCUGUCGGCAGUACUGACCAGUGAGCUAGGUAUGAUCUGGCAAGACCUGAAAAUCCCACCUGUCGAUACCACGCUGACCCAUGAAGAGAACGUGCAGCUGUGCUGUCAGACCUUCAGCGAGGUUCUGCGCGUCUGUGAAGAGCUGAUUCUGCAAUACCUGCUCUUGAAGGACACUUUCAGGAAGCGUGGCGUCUUUACCGACUACGCCAACCGAAGCAGACUGGCAGCCCAGCUGGCUUCAGACUGCACCAACCUCUUGAAUGUGCGGUCCAUUAGAUGUAGGAUUGUCUCGGGAAUUAAAGCUAACAGAAGGGUCGGAUCCGGUGCUGUUGCAUUUGAUGAGGGGCAGCGGAGGGCGCCACGGGGGAACUCACUCAACACCCCGUGUAAACAUGAUCUUCACGUCAAACGUUGUAUGAUAAGCACGCCAAGGGAAAAUACGUUGGCGGAUGAUCUCAAAGAGAUUGAGGUGAACAUUGGGGAGCUGGAUCUUCAGAAUGUGUAUGACCUCCUACCUUGGAAAGUGGAGGCAGUCGCCUGCAAGAUAGACAUAAAUGGUUCUGCUGACAGCAUACCCAGUUUACAGAAACAAGAGAUGGAUGAAAGUCCUUUUCAAAACCGAUUUCGAAUUAAGGGAUGUUAUUCCAUGCCUGACUUACACAGGGAGACACUGCUGGAGGAGCUGGAGGUAGCACCACUCUUCCGCUCUUCAUCCCUGCUGGUCCUUCUGUCCACUGAGACCAACUCCAGCCCGGAGGAUCAUAUCAACCCACGAGAGGAUCUGAAGAGGUUAUUACAGGACAGCGAUUGCGAGGAUGACACAGGCCUUGAGAUGGAUCUGCCCCCGCUUCUUAAAGCCCAGGGCAGCUAUUGUUGCAGCAGACUCCAAAAGCUCAAACAAAGACUGCAAAAAAAAAUUGAAGAGGAGAAGAAAGAGAGGAGCAAGCAACAAGCUCCUGCAGAGAAACCUCCGCACCCACAAGGAGCGGUGGUCAGCCUGAUGGCACCACCUCAAACCAUCUUACACACGGCACCAGCCAGGUUGUCCGACAGAGUUCUCCCAGAGACCAUCAAACUCCGCAUGUACCCACCCGUCUACAAUGUCUUCACUAAAGAGAUCGACUCGACAUCUCUUGCUCAAAUGGACCAGAACUUGAUUGAAGAGGAAAUAAAAAUGAAGCAAGUUUAUGAAGAACUACGCAAAAGUAUUUCGACAAAAUAUUUUAGCCUUGACGAGGACCCCAGGAUCGAAGCCGUCCCGACUAAUGCCAAGUGCUGCCCGAACAGAAACAAUAAUCAAAAUCUGUUUAACCCAUCACUAACACGGCCCAACCCACACAGCAUGUCACACAGAGAGAGGAUGGAGAGGGCAUUAAAAAGGGAGAGGCCUGUGGAUGUAUCCACACGGGCAUACAGAGCCUGGUUUAACUGGUGGAAGUGCCAACUGUCAUUAGAUGAUUACCUUAACUACAUUUCCACCCAGGACUCUGAUUAUCUGUCAGUGAUCUUUCACCUGUAUGACAGUGAGGAUGAGGAGGAAGAGAGACACAAGCUGGCACAGCGGCAGAAGAAGGACAUGCGAAGAAAGCAGCUAGAAAGCAUUAAUUUACUGAGGGAAAUGAAGCAGGAAUAUGUUCCUGGAUUCUGGAAUGUCAACACCAUAAAGAUGGGAGGGUUGGGAAAAGAUCCAGAACUGGAAGAAAAAUAUCCAGAUGGGGAAAUACAGGAUGUUGGAGAGAGUGUGUGUCUUGGAGAUCCGGGUGAGAGCCCAGCAGCUGAAUUGUCGGAUGGAGAUCAGGUGCAGGCCAGGCUGGAGAGGGUCUGGAAGGCUCUCUAUUUACCAGAGGGACAGCGGCUAGACAUGGCCAUCAAAUACAGCUCCCAUGAGUACAGGGACCAUCUGCGGGAGGCAAUCACUGCAUGGGAGCAGGCUGCCCGGUUGAUUCAGCGGAGGGAGCUAUUGUUGUCUCAAUUGGAGGACUUUGAGAGGGAGGCAUCUGACCCCAGCAGAUUUUUUCAGCAAGGUUAUCACGGUUCAUCUAUGGCUAGAAUGGAUGAAGCCAAUCGCAGAGAAAAUAUCAGCUCUCAGAUUUCAGCUGUAGAUAAAGAAUUGUCCAAAAUAAUCAGCCACGUCACAACACGUUUCAAUGACAACAUCACCUAUAAGGGUCGACAAUACAAAGAAAAAAUGCGCUGGGAUCGUACUGAGAUGCUGUACUGGCUUCAACAGGAGAGGCGGGUCCAAUCGCUGGAGAGGUUUGCGCAGGGACAGACAGCUCUACCUGUGAGGCUGCCUCCUUUAAAUCACAACCCGGAACUUUACUCUUUUAACCACGAAACCGCCGAGGACUGUAUCCAACAGUCACAUCUGAGAGAGAUGAGCGAUACAUCCAGUUACAACAAUACUUGAAACCCUUGUGUACAUGUCAAAAGAUCUACAGGAUAUGAUUUAAUAGAUUAUGGGACUUUGUUUAAAAUUAGUUUUUGUAUUCAAAUCUGUUUACAUGUAGAACAUUAUUUAUACAUUUAAAAGUAGUCUUUUUAAUCAUAGAAAAAAAUAUAUAAACAUUUAUUUUGCUAUUUUAGUAACAACCACUAGUUGGCAGUGCGCUCUCGUGUUUGUUUGCGUAGCUUUUAUAAACUGAGGAGAAGAAGAGAGCGGCGGGGCUCUGAUUGGCUGUUUUCUCCUCACGUCAUCUCUUGUGAUUCUCAACACUUCCUGACAUGAUUUUUCUCAUUUGGGAGUCAUACAUCUCUCUCUCUUCAGACUAUGUGUCAACGAAAUGACAGCAAAUAAAAGUUUACCGGGUUGCCUGUAAAAUGAGAAAAGCUCCCACCUCUUACAUUCCUGAGCCCAUAUUUAAUAUAUCCAAAAUGGUUAAAAGUAUUUCAGAACAUAUAAUUAAGCUCUGCUGUCGUGAGCAGCUCUGAUGUCAAGUUUUCAUGUCCGUGUCCUCAGAAUAUCCCCGAAUUGCCUCU